ACCCCUCCUCCAGCUUCGUACAGUCCCACGCCGUAUUCACCUGCUGAGUUCGAUCAGUAUAUGCAGGGCUACAGUGAGCUUAAAAGUGGUAAAUAUGAUCCUUCGACAUUGCUUCUAGAUGCAGUGACUGAUAGCCGAGUAUCGAAGAAGGAGCGACGAGCAUUACCUCGUCAGUUGGAGCAGAAAGGUCGAGAACUAAUGCGGCCAGUGACACCGCCUCCGGCUGUCCGGGAAGAAUACGAUUAUGAAGGCCCGGAAUGGAAUAUUAUUGAGGAUCAAGCAUUGCUGACGGCGGUUCGAAAUGAAGAGCUCAUGUGCCAUAGCUUUGAAAGAGUGAAGACAUCAUUGCGCUUCAAUUGGGAGUACAUUUCUGGAUUUGUUAACCGUGUUACGCGGUUUUACAGAUCUCCACGGCAGUGUUCAAUUCGUUACCAGUUGGUUGUGAGACCGCGUGAAAGUGGUCAAUUAAUGGUCGUGGAUCCAUUAACGAAGAAACCUCGAAAAGUGCCGUUGACUUCGGCAGAGAUUGUUCACUUGCGCAAAGGUCGAGUUACGACGGAACUUCAAUAUACACAUGAUGCUGAUAAAAUACGUGAAGCAUCGAUGUUAGGCCGAUUGCGCUUGAUUAACUCGCUAGCGGAGAGGCAAAAUUCUUACAACAUUGCAAGGCGACCAAAUGGUAUAUUUUCGAGUGAUGAUGGCUUCUUUUCAUCGUUUGAUUCUCUCCGUUUUAGAUCCUCGAUUACUGGAGUUGAGCGGGCGUCUACCCACAGCCCAGGAAAAUCGGCUUGCUGCUAUGAACAUUCGAUUCCCAACUGGUCUUUCACCGCAGGAAAUUCUGUCGAAUUUGGUGAGUACGCUAGUGUUGAAGUGAACAAGCGAGCAUGUUUGAAGUAUUUGUGA